AUGGCGACGGUGCAGCGUGAGCUGGUUGAGGUUGUGGAUAUUCUCCUAGGCAAAGGUGCCUCUGUAGAGUUGAAGACCGAGGAUGGCCGUACCGCUCUUCAUAUUGCUGCGGAAGAAGGUCGUGCCGAUGUGAUUGGCUUGCUGCUUCGUCGAGGAGCGAAUGUCGAUGCUGCAAACCUGUCAAAGUGGACUCCACUGAUGCUGGCAGCGUAUCGCGGGCAUAAAGAGACGGUAAAGCUGCUUGUGAAGGAAGGGGCAAGUCUGACGGUGAAGAAUAAGGAUGGCGCAAAGGCUGCAGAGAUCGCGAAGUUGAACAACAGGACGGAUCUCCUCGAUCUUCUCCAGUCUGGAAUUGACCUCGAACGGUAA